CGGAUCGUGUUUCCUGCCGAGCCUGAGCAGCAGUGGGACUUGGCCCUCAUCCCAUCACUCUAGCGGACUGUCGUCGGGUUGCCCUGGACGCGCAGGCUUCGGAGAAGGUCGCAAUGUCGAGUUUCUCGCGAGCGCAACAGCAAUGGGCCACUUUUGGCCGAGUGUGGUAUCUCUUAGAUGGAAAAAUGCAACCUCCAGGCAAACUUGCAGCAAUAGCAUCAGUCAGACUUCAAGGGCUGCACAAACCUGUGUACCAUCAAUUGAGUAACUGUGGGGAUCAUGUUGUCAUAAAGAACACAAGGCAUAUUGCAUUUUCUGGGAAUAAAUGGGAACAAAAAGUGUACUCUUCACACACUGGCUAUCCAGGUGGUUUCAGACAAGUGACAGCAGCUCAGCUUCACCAGAAGGAUCCAGUGGCAAUUGUAAAACUAGCUAUUUAUGGAAUGUUACCAAAGAACCUCCAUAGAAGAACCAUGAUGCAGAGGUUACAUCUUUUUCCAGAUGAAGAGAUUCCAGAGGACAUUCUUAAGAAUUUAGUAGAAGAGCUUCCUCAACCUCGAAAAAUACCUAGAAGACUAGAUGAAUAUACCCAAGAAGAAAUUGAUGCUUUUCCAAAAUUAUGGACUCCACCCGAGGAUUUUCGGAUGUAAUUGGAGGGAAAUUGUAAGAAAUGAGAGAGAAACUUCUGAGAUUUUUAAGAGUUCUGAUUUUUCCCUGAUACUUUUCUUCCAAAUGGAAAACUCAAGAGAACCUGGCAACUGUAUGGAGAAGAUGUUCCAGUAAACAUGGGUGCAGAAAAUUUGUAGGGAAAAGAACUAGAAGAGAAUCAAGAGGCAACUGCAAGGAAACAAUUUAUGGUAUAAACUGUUCAGUGCUAUCUAUAAUGCUCAGAAUAAAAUCAUCUGACCAGCUGCUAAGAUUGUCCUUUAAUGAAAAAAGGAGCAUGAGUUCUCUGUUUUCACUAUGCGUCUCCCAUAACUCUUCACAAGAAAGGUGUAACCAAUGCCAGUGGUUAUCCUCAACCCAGAUAGAGUUUAUAGCACUAAACUGUGAUUCCCUCAUCUCUCCAUUGCUUUUCUUGCCAAAAGGAAAUAUUACCAAACUGAAGUGCUUGGCUUUCAUACUGAUCUACUUCUUAUUCUUAACUUACAGUUCUUUUCUGAGUUGAAGUUAAAAAUAGACACCUAUAUCAUUAUAAACACAUCUAUGUGCUCAGACAUCACAUUCCCACCAAUUGUGGGACAGCUUAAUAUUUGCUCUUUCAGAUGAAAUGUUUACGAUUCUGUAUAGUUUCACAUGAUGGACUUCUUUCAGGAUUCUGGAAAACGAAUUCGACCCCUGAAGUGAAGGAUUCAUUAUUAAUGAUACCUCACUUUAUUUAUAUGGCAAUUUGGCAUAAGGUAUAAAGGAUCCACUAGACUUAAAGUCAGGGAGACUUAAAUUCAACUUCUGCCUCAGAUGCUAUGUCCCAGCCUCAAUUUCUGUACCCACUUCAGUAUUGUUUUGAGGAUCAAAUGAUAAUACAUAUAAAGUGCUUUGUAAACCUUAAAACACCAUAUAGAUAGUAACUAUUUUUAUUUUAUUAUAGCACCCAAAGCUACUGUGAAGUGUGUAGACAGGCGGUUUUCACCUGGAAUAGGUACUGGUUCCAAAUCAGUUGGGGUUUAGAAUCUUUAAAUUUUAGGCCUAUAAGAGGAGACAGUAAGAAAAUAUCUAGUCAUUCUCCUUAUUUUAGAGAAAAGAAAGAGGCCUAAAAGAGUUAAUUGAGUUGCCCACAAUAAGAAGAACCAAGACUAAGAUCUGAAUCUCCUAAGUCCCAAAACUUACCACCACAGAAUGUUGGCCCUACAGAACCUGGUAUCAAGAGGGCACCAUUACACUAAGCAACUAGGAUCAAUCAGCUAAGUCCUCCAAGAGACAAGGACAAUGGAAUAAAUUCCUGUCAUUUGUUCCUCUGAACUACUCAUUAUCAAGUCUUCUCCAAGGAAGCCAAGGAAAGACAUGUCAUUGAUAUGUGGCAAAGGUGUUUUUUUUCUUCAGAGGAUGGAGGUGGGUAAAGUCAGGUGGAGAGGAAAAAGGCAUUUUUUAGCUGUCUACUAUAUUGUUGGUUGAGAACCACAGGAGUUAUGUAGGAGAAACAUUCCCCCAAACUACUUUUCCACAUCAACUUUCCCUCUGCCACUUCUUGCCCCCAUCAUAAAUUAAUGCUAAGAAGUAUAAUGCAUGAACUUAUUACUAGAUAUCCCCAGGCCAUUCAGAUUAAUUGAAUACUAUACUGGAAGAUUCGUGAAUAAUGGGAAUAUCUUUUGUGCUGAAUAACUUUUUUUCCAAAUGAAUUCAAAAAUAAAAGCAAAAAGUGUUUUUUUUUUUUAACAUUUUUCAAAUA